CAAAAAUAUAAAAGCCCUGUACCCUGAACGUUAGUUACCAGCGACAGAGUUCACGAUUUGCAUAAAUUUCAAUCGGAAUCGUGAACUCAAAACGCACAAAAUCUUCGCGUUUCGAAGAUGGAUACAUUGCCGACGACUUCCACGGCGAAGCGAGGAGGAAGAUCGAAGUCCGUUCAAACAUCAAAACCUUCUAUCCUCUUGGCAUUCUUCUCUUGUGUAGCUUGGCUUUACGUCGCCGGCAGGUUAUGGCAAGAUGCAGAGAACCGAAAUUUACUUACUAGUCUUCUGAAGAAGAAUUCAGAACAGAGGCCUAAGGUUCUUACGGUGGAAGAUAAAUUAAUGGUAUUAGGGUGCAGGGAUUUGGAGAGGAGGAUUGUGGAUGCUGAGAUGGAAUUGACAUUGGCAAAGAGCCAAGGGUACCUUAAAGGCCAAAGGCAGCAAACUGGCUCUUCUUCUGACCGUAGGCUUCUUGCUGUUAUUGGAGUGUAUACUGGAUUUGGAAGCCGAUUGAAAAGAAAUGAAUUCAGAGGGUCUUGGAUGCCUAGAGGGGAUGCCUUGAAAAAACUUGAAGAAAGAGGAGUGGUCAUACGUUUUGUAAUUGGUCGGAGCGCUAAUCGAGGUGAUAGCUUGGAUCGCAAUAUUGAUGAGGAAAAUCGCUCAACAAAGGAUUUUCUGAUUCUUGAUAGUCAUGAGGAAGCUCAGGAAGAGUUGCCUAAAAAAGCAAAAAUAUUCUUUAGUACUGCAGUUCAGAACUGGGAUGCUGAUUUUUAUGUGAAAGUUGAUGACAGCAUUGGCAUUGAUCUGGAGGGUUUAAUUGAACUUCUUGAACAUCGCCGUGGCCAAGAUGGGGCAUAUAUUGGAUGCAUGAAGUCAGGAGACGUGAUAUCAGAAGAGGGAAAGCUUUGGUAUGAACCUGACUGGUGGAAAUUUGGGGAUGAAAAAUCGUAUUUCCGACAUGCAGCCGGUUCACUCGUUAUACUUUCAAAGAAUUUGGCACAGUACAUUAACAUAAACAGCGUAUCUUUGAAGACCUAUGCUUAUGAUGAUACAUCGUUGGGAUCAUGGAUGAUGGGCAUCCAAUCAACAUAUAUAGACGACAAUCGCCUUUGCUGCAGUAGUAUCAGACAAGAUAAAGUAUGCUCGCUGGCUUGAUUGGAUGAUCUUGAUCACAUUCUUCGCUACUUUGGUCUGGGAGUCUGAUGUCAGUUAAAGAUUAUUUUUAGUCCUUAUGGUCCAAAACAGCAUUGAGAGCUUUGCAGACAACCAAUAUAAAUCCUUUCUAUAUCUAUACAGUAGUGAUCUGUUCAUUCUUUUAGAUGUCAAAAUAGCAAAAUUGAAAUUGUAACUAUACAGAUUGACUGACUUCAUCCAUCGGAGGUCUUACCUGAUAUUUUGGAAGUGCUAUGAUCAUAGUCUUCCUCUGUUAUUAUUGUCUAUAUAUACACCAAGAAAUGAGAUAUUAGUAGCCAGGAUCAAAUAAAAGUGCUUUUCCAAAUAUUAAAUCGUAUGUUACAGUUAAAAUUAGGGUUUUCUUACUUGUAAAAUUCUAAUACAUUUAUUCAAGAUUCAUUGUUUCUAGGCUUCA